AUGAAGAUGUUUCACUCUGUGAAGUCUGCGGUUGCGCGGCCCAAUGGCGCCAUUGUUAAGUGCUACGAUCAUGUGCUUGAUUCCCUAAUCAUCUCAGAUGAAUUAGGAAAAUUCAUACUAGAUAGCGAUUUUGAAAAGUACGCUGUCAUAUCUUUGAAAGAAAGAGAGGAAUUCUUGUUUCGAUUAUUUUCGCAUUUGUACAUUGGAGGUGAGCUAUGCCAGAGAGAGGAAAAUAUCAACGUAUACAUUGAUUUUACAAGAAACAUUUACCGCGAUCUCGUGAGUGUUCAGAAAACCUCGGAUAGCAAGGAAAUACGCGUGGUAUCUCUGGUUUACAAGUUUCAGUUCUUGGUGAGUUAA